AUGACUUUUCUGACUGCUCUUGUAAAGCCUCUGGCAUAUCUAUCACUCCCCGCUUUCGCUAUCCACGCCCUUGCGAACGCCAACCCCGCCAUCCGCUACUAUGUCCGCAUCGGCCUCUUCUUGUCCACUCUCGGAGUGUGCUCCGUCUGGGGUGUGAUCUGCUCGAUUGGCAUGGGCCUCGUCGGCCGUCGAUUCGACGUCUUCUAUGUCAUCGCGCGCAGCUUCUACUACCUCACCAGCCCGGCCAUCGGCGUUCGCCUCGUAGUCGAGGGCGAGGAGUACCUCGACACGCGUCCGAGCGUCCUCGUCGGAAACCACCAGAGCAUGUUCGACAUCCUCUACCUCGGGAGGAUAUUCCCGAAGCGCGCGUCCAUCCUCGCGAAGAAAGAGCUGCAGUGGACUCCGUUCCUCGGGCAGUUCAUGACCUUCGCGGGCGCCGUGUUCGUCGACCGCGGGAACAACGCCCGUGCGGUGCGCUCGCUUACCGCAGCCGGCGAGGUCCUCAAGGAGCGCAACAGCUCGCUCUGGCUCUUCCCGGAGGGCACUCGCUCGCUGCGCCCGGACGCGUACAUGCGCCCGUUCAAGAAGGGCGCCUUCCACACUGCCAUUCAGGCGCAGGUCCCGAUCGUGCCCGUCGUGUGCGAGAACUACUGGCGGGUGUACAGGAAGGGCUACUUUGCGCAGAGCGCCACGCUCAAAGUCAAGGUCCUACCUCCGAUCCCGACCAUUGGCAUGACGGCGGCAGACGCGUCUGCUCUUGCUGACCGUGUGCACGACCUGAUGGUAGAGACCCUGCGCGAGAUCUCGGUCCCGCCUCCCCCAGGCACUGUGCCGGAACCCUCGAAGCCCGCAGUGACCGCAACGCCUCUUGCCAACCCGGACGUCGCAGCAGAUACCCCGACUCCCGCGCCCGCGCCGGCCCCGGUCCCUGUAGCGGAGCCCGAGAAGGCGGCGGAGCAAGUGAGGACGGAGAGCAGAGCGUCAACAAGCGCAUCGGAACACUCGUCAACGUCUUCGCCCACCCUCAGCCAUAGCCGGGUAGAGGGAAGUGAAUACGGUACCGAGACCGAGGAAGAUGACGGCAUGGUUCUGGUUGGGAGGCCAAGUCAUUGA